UCUGCGUUCUUUCGUUUUAAGUAGUUUCUGCAUUCUUUAAAAUGAAAAUAUAAUGUGAGUGUGUGAGAAAGAGAGAGACUAUCACCAAGAAUUGUGUAGUAUACUUGUAUUUCAUCCAGAAUGGUGCAUUUCCGAAUCCAAGCCCCGGCAUUCGUCGCGCAAUCGAUAGUCGAGAUCUAUCCCGCCUGCAGAGACUUAGCCUGCCACGUCAAAUCUCAAGGAAGAGACAUCAAGCAGCUAGAAGACCGGCUAAGCGAGCUCAUAGCCCUCAUGGCUUCGAUCAUGUCAAGAAAACACGAGCUAGAACGAGGCUUGGUCCAAAACUCAGCCUUCUCACAAAAGAGCAAUGAGUUCAAAGUGUUAGACACCACAAUCUCAGACAUCGACGCCAAGUGCUCCAACUUCAUCAAAAAGUACGCCAAGAUCACGCGGCGCCACCUCCCCUCCUCCACCAACGAUGCGAUAUUCCUGAUUGAAGAGCUCAAGAAGUUGAGAUCCAAAGUGCUGACGUUCAAUUUCUUGAAGCUUGCAAAGCUUAGUAGAGACAUUGCCAAGAUGAGUGCUCAAGCGGACGUGGUUUUGAACCGGCUGAAUCCGGACCACAUGAUUUGUAAGAGAUUGGAGAUGAAUCAAGAGAGGUUUGGUGCUGUUGAUGGUGAAGAUCUUGCUCAUGCGGUCGUGGUUUUGGACCGGCUGAAUCCGGACCACAUGAUUUGUAAGAGAUUGGAGAUGAAUCGAGAGAGGUUUGGUGAUGUCGAUGGUGAAGAUCUUGCGUUUUACAAUGUGUAUGUUGAUGAGGUUUUGAAGCAUUUGUGUGAAAAUGGGGGUAGGGUUGGGAUAUUGGGAGGGUUUGGGACCACAUUUGUGAUGAGGAAGGUGUACAAUCGACUUAUUGAAAUGAGGUCUUUUUCUGGCUCCGACACUAGUCUCGAGAUGGAUUAUGUUAUCUGGGCGGAAUAUCCGUCGGAAGAGGGGGGAGAGGAAGAGGUUAUUGAGAAGUUGCAAAAUGAGAUCAUGGGACAGUUAAGCAUAGAUCACGAGGCGUCCACGAGCAAGCAUGUGAACGAGGCGUCCACGAGCAAGCAUGUGAACGGGGAUAAGAUUUCUGCUUUUCUUCGUCACAAGAAGUAUAUCUUGCUAGUGGAUAAGGUCAUCCACGGAAUUGAUCUGGGUAGGAUCGGGUUGAGAGGGCACCACGAGUUUAGGAGACUCGUGGUGGCUUCUGGUGAUAGAGAUGUUAUGAGCAUGGUGGAACAUUAUUUUGAAAUAUGAUUGUGAUUUUGGUGUUAGAAGGUUGAGGUUUUGUUAUGUUUGAUCAACUGUGUUAGUUUUAUAACUGUAUUACAUGUUUAUGGUUUGGGACUUUGGGUUGGGUACGCCCUUUGAUGUUAUUUUAUAAUACUACUUUGUAAUAAAUCAUAGCGUUUCAUAUCUUUCCA